AUGGAAGUGAAUCGUAGCGGCGGCGAUGGUUUCAGUGAAGAAAAAGAUACGCCGGAGACGACGGAGCAACAGACGUUGAACAAGUCGGAGUUUCCGUCGGAGUCACCGUCGGAGGCGGCGAUGAAAGAAGAGCUUUCUGAAACGCGUUCAAUGGAUGUUAUUCCGAUGCCGAAUCCGGUUCCGAUGACAAUGACGGUUCCUUCGGCGAAGAAACCGUCCAAGGACCGUCACACGAAGGUGGAGGGACGCGGUCGGAGAAUCCGAAUGCCGGCGACAUGUGCCGCGAGGAUCUUCCAGCUGACAAGGGAACUUGGUCAUAAAUCCGACGGAGAAACAAUACGGUGGUUGCUUGAACAAUCUGAGCCAGCUAUCAUUGAAGCAACCGGAACCGGCACUGUCCCAGCCAUCGCUGUUUCCGUCGGCGGGACGUUAAAGAUUCCGACAACAUCACCGGCGAGACCAGACGGUGAAGACGCACCAAAGAAACGAAGGAGGAGAGCAUCAAACAGUGAGUUUGUUGACUUGAACGAACACGCUUCAAUCUGUUCAGGACUCGCACCAAUAGCUCAAACUGCUUACGGCGGCGGUAGCGGUGGUCUUGUUGGUGGUGAAAAUGGUGGUGGUGGUCUAGUUCCGUUAUGGCCUAUGGCAAGUAAUGGUAAUAAUGGGUCUAAUACAACAGGGCCAUUUUUUAUGUUCCCAAAUUCAACUAUGAAUCAGCCACAGUUUUGGGCUAUUCCUGCGGCACCGUUUUUCAAUAGACCUAUUUCAGAUUUUGUUUCUACUAUGCAAAUGCAAAAUCAAAAUCAACCUUCAAAUGCUAAUGGUUCAUCUUCAUCUACUUUGGCUCCUAGUUUGAACUCAGCUUCUACAUCUACUUGUUCUUCUGCGGUCACUUCUUCAUCUUCUGCUGGACCUACUCAAAUGCUUAGGGAUUUUUCUUUGGAAGUUUAUGACAAGAAAGAGUUGCAAUUUAUGGGUUGUUCUGGUGCAAAUUUAGAGUCACCUCCCACUUCAAAUUGA